GCGUCACAGUCACCGAAUACGACUGUCGGAAGACUCACUUCCAUACGAAGUAGUUCCAGUCUGUUGAUCCAUCAAAAUUUCCCCUCUUGGUUUCUUCACCAAAUCCCAGUAUGAAGAGCGUCAACACCCUUUGAACAGUCAGCCUUCGUCACUCUUAUCAGCAUUGCCAUGUCAUUGUCUCUUAACUGAACCUCGACAAGGCUUCGUUCUCUCGUUGCUGGUCACCGCUUGAAAACACCAAGUUCAGCGCAUAUUACCUUAAUCACCGGUUUCUUUUAAGUAUUACGAGAUCGGAUCACCAAGAUGAUACCUCACUUAUACACCUAUGGACCUCUCUCUAUAUUGAAUGCAUUAGCUGCUACACUGCUCAUGACCGCGUAGACGACGACGACCUUUGCUGCCAGUCCCAGUCCUUACUCACCAUCAUCGCUCUAUCAACCUCCCCGAACGUCGCCUUACACACAAGCCCCCCUUUGUAUACCUUGGCAAAAUGGCCUCGGGCUCUAUCUUCACUUUCGAGGCCGACCCCCAGAGGGUUUCCUCUCCUUGGGCUGGUGCGGAAGACUCUGCCAGAAGGAAAUCGACUCCUGUCCAGACCAUUUCAGACACUUCGAAGCCCCUGGAGCCGGCCAAGCUCGCCGAUUAUGGCGUAACAAAACUUGAAGCCGAGCCGCAAGAGGGCCCUACCGAAUACAAGCUUCACCUGCUGCUACGGGCCCGCAGGAAAUACAAGUCCAUGAGCACCAUGCCCGCUGUCCACCGGACCCAGAUCGAACCUCGGUCCUUGUCCUCCUCAAACCAGUCGCGUCAAGUGCGCCUCCAGCAGCUCACAAACCAACUCCUGUGGCGUCUCCAGCAGUCUUCUCCUUGUCACGUCUUGAAGCCAAAGGACCUCGUUAUACCGCAGUUGCCCGAUGACACGGUCGAUCUGAGUCAAGCCCUUACCCCCCAGCCGCCUCUCCCGGGACUGGAAGAAUCCCGUGGUGCGCUGUACGAAAUCGGAGUCUCCGACGACGGUACGCUUGUUGGUCUGACCAAGGACGAGAUGGACGAGAGCAUCACCACCCUACGAGUUAUGGCCGCCACCUUGGGCUGCCGCGUCGAGAUUCUUCGCUAUGUCAUCGUGGGGGAAUGCGAGUGGCUGGAGACCUCUGAGUUGGUCGACAUCGCUGCCUCGCAACCGGCCCAAAUCCUGCGGCACGACAGUUUAUGGGUCGCCGAAGCUUUUGUGGUGCCGGACUUUGGUUCCCGGCACAGAGAAAGUGCAGUCGUAGCUCAUGGAGACAACGCCUCGAGCGAAGUUCGCUCCCUUGAACCGCCUAGCCAAGCCCGCUCAACUACGGACCAGCUGCGGGUUACGCUUACGGGCCCGACGACGUCUGGAAAAUCGACUCUCCUCGGUACUUUGUCCACAGGUACUCUCGACAACGGUCGUGGGCGCAGCAGGCUGAGUCUGUUCAAGCACCGUCAUGAGGUUGCCUCCGGUAUGACCAGCUCGGUCGCCCAAGAGCUUAUAGGAUACCUGGACGACACCGUGAUCAACUACGCCCAGUCACACAUAGAAUCAUGGCUCGAUAUCCAUUAUGAGUCGGAAAACGGCCGCCUUGUUUUUGUCUCUGACUCGGCCGGCCAUCCGCGCUUUCGUCGGACCAUCUUAAGGGGCUUGUUUGGCUGGGCCCCUCAGUGGACCGUGCUAUGCCUAGCGGCGGACGAUGCAGAGGCCAACUCAGCCAAAGACGGCCUGAGUUCUUCUGCCCAAGACGUCCUCGGCACUGCUGGUGCUGGCGUGGAUCUCGCCAAAGCUCAUCUAGAGCUAUGUCUCAGACUCCAAACGCCGCUCGUUGUUGUCAUCACCAAGUUGGAUCUAGCUACAAAGACAAGCUUGCAGCGUGUUCUGGGGAAAGUCCUAACCCUCAUCAAGGGGGCUGGUCGCAUUCCCAAAAUUCUGCAACCCGGACAGAAUGGCCACCAAGACGUCACGAACAUUCCGGAGGUGGACAUGGCGAAGGCACAAGGGGUGGUCAAGGAAAUGAAGGAAUACGGAGACCUGCUCAAGUUCGUUCCCAUCGUCCUGACAAGUUCUGUGGACGGUUCCGGGGUCGGACUCACACACGCUCUACUUGCGAAUUUACCUCUCCCCGCUACCCCCACACCUCGCGAUUACGUGGGGAUGGCGCUGAAUCCAGAGCAGCCUGCGAGCGCAUUUCAUAUCGAUGAUACGUUCAGCCGGCCGGCGGACUUCGGCACGGUAGCUGACAACUCGAGCCGGUCGGAUUUGGCCAUCGUUGUCUCGGGCUACCUCCGAUUUGGACAAUUAUCCGUUGGAGAUGCGAUCGUCGUGGGGCCAUUUCCUUCAGGUGGAGAUGAUCCCAAGGGCACGACACCAGAUGAGCGUCCGUCUCCCGGGGGUUAUGGGCUUUCCAUAUCCCAUCCGUCGUCGGCCGAGCUGGCCAAGAUAGCUAUACGAAACGCGGUUGCCGCUUCUGCCAUCAAGGGCGAGUGGCACAAUGCCAAAAUUGUCAGCAUCCGUAACUUGCGACUGGCCGUGAGAACGCUGGAGGCUGGCCAGGUUGGCACUAUCGGCAUCCUGCUCGACCUACCGCCGCCCAAGGAUUCCGCGGACAACAGCGAGCCGCGACCUCGAGAUGUCCCCCGGAUACGGAAGGGGAUGGUCCUUGCGGUCCCUUCCAGCCACAUGCUGAACACGGGUCUGUCUCUCCAGGCAGCUAGCGGUCUGACUGCGCACUUCAGAGACCCCGAUGCGUCUUCCCUUUUGGUGGGCUCUUUGGUGAAUGUCUAUUGCGGGACGGUUCGUGCGGCUGCGCGGGUGCUGGGGCUCUCGUCUGUUCUCGUCGGCCCAGACCGGAAGCAGAAGCCGGGGGAUGUGGAAGACGCCGAGGAGAUAUUCGCGGUUGACCAGGAAGAGGGCGAUGGCGUGGAUGUGAGAGGUACAGAGGUCGUUCUAGAGCUUCUGAGUAGCAGGGAGUGGGUUGAGCUUGGAUCUCCGAUCAUUCUACUUGAAGGGGGUCGCAAUGAUCGAUCUGGUCUUGAAGGGUUUGUUGGCAGCGUCGUGGAAAUUGUCGACUGAAGCGUGUGUCGGGUUGUCUUUUCUCCAAGCCGCUUUUCCUGGAUUUGAACAGCGUCUUGAUUACAACUGUUUCCGCCUAUCGGUUCUUUCAGUCUUUUAGUAUUUCUGUCGUUACUUUUUGUCUUCGAAACCUGGUGGUGUCGGCUUCUCAAUCUCUUAAUGCCUGGAGAAAACCAAAACUCAGGAGUGGUUGUCAUAGAUGAAGUUAUUCAUUUCCGAAGGGUUCUGCAACUGUCGAGCGCAAUCAAAGUAGAUCAAUAUU